AUGGUGGGGGUUGGUGCCGUGGUGGGCAACUUUGGGCCGCUCCAGAUCCACUGCUGCUUUAACCCGGAUGUCUGCUGGUCAGGAGGCUGGGAGACCGUGUGGAGACCACAGUCAGAAAGCACUGUCCACCCCAACCCAGCCGUGGAGUCCAGAGCUGCCUGCUAUAGCACUCCUCUGCCUUCUGAGUCGACUCAAAGGAAGAGGCAGAGCUCAGAGGAUGAAGAUCCCUGCACCUCAUACGAGAGACCCGCCAAACGCUCUGCUGAAGAUGCGUACAUAAAGGGCCCAAUGCUGGGUCAAGGUGGAUUCGGCUCGGUGUUUGCUGGGACCCGCAGCUCUGAUGGAUUGCCAGUGGCCAUCAAGUACGUGACUAAAGAUGAGGAGCACGAGGACAUGGAAGUUGAAGGUCAGGGUCUGCUGCCGCUGGAGGUCGCGUUGAUGACCCGGGUCAAUUCAGCUCCUGUCUGUCCCAGUGUCCUGAAGUUGCUGGAGCGGUUUGACCAUCCCGGCAGCUACGUCAUGAUCCUGGAACGGCCGGAUCCUUGCCAGGAUCUCCACAGAUUCUGUGAGGAGAACGGCUGUCUGGAUGAGAGCCAGGCCAAGAAGGUGCUACUGCAGCUCAUCGACGCUCUUAAACACUGCGAGAGCCGCGGCGUCUUCCACCGAGACGUCAAGCCACAGAACCUGCUCAUCUGCACCGAUACCAGCGAGAUCAAGCUGCUGGACUUUGACUGCGGACACCUCCUGAAGGACUCGGAGUAUAAAGAGUUUAUAGGCACUCUUUCAUACGCCCCUCCGGAGUGGUUUCGUUCCCACAGCUAUCGUGCCGGACCAGCUACUGCUUGGUCGCUGGGUGUGACGCUCUACAAGCUCCUGUGCAGUUCUCUACCUUUCAAAAGUGCAUGGAGGGUUCGCAGACUGCGCUUCCCGAGUCACCUGUCUGCAGACUGCCGUCAGUUGAUUAGAUGGUGUCUUAGAGCAGCAGCGGACGAGCGUCGCAGCUUACAGGACAUUGAACAGCAUCCCUGGUUACGCUCCGCAGGAGUGCAGGACACAGGAGCAGCAGAGACGGCUGGACACCUGCAGUGA